CGGGAAUGUGGGCUGGAGUGGUCCCGCUGCGGGGCCGAGGUGCAGCCAGCCACAGGGUCGAUCCGUAGCGCCAUGGCCUGCAUCCUCAAGAAGAAGUCCGUGCUCGUGGUGAGCUUCAUCGCCCUGUGCCUCUUGCUGCUAGCCAUGCGCCUCAUCAAUGACAUGAAUUUCCCUUUGCUACUGAACUGCUUUGGACAACCUGAGACAAAAUGGAUCCCACUGUCCUACACAUCCAGGCAGCCUCUUCGAACUCACUAUGGAUACAUAAAUGUGAGGACCCAAGAGCCUUUGCAGCUGGACUGUGGCCACUGUGCCAUAGUGUCGAAUUCAGGUCAGAUGGCUGGACAGAAGGUGGGCGAGGAGAUAGACCACUCUUCCUGCAUUUGGAGAAUGAACAAUGCUCCCACCAAGGGUUUUGAGGAGGACGUUGGCCAUGUGACGAUGGUACGGGUCGUGUCGCAUACCAGCGUGCCUCUUUUGCUGAAAAACCCUGACUAUUUUUUCAAGGAGGCAAGCGCCACCAUUUAUGUUAUUUGGGGUCCUUUCCGCAACAUGAGGAAGGAUGGAAACGGCAUUGUCUACAACAUGCUGAAAAAGACAGUUGAUCAGUAUCCGAAUGCACAGAUUUAUGUGACCACAGAGCAGCGGAUGAGUUACUGCGAUGGAGUCUUUAAGGAGGAAACUGGGAAAGACAGAGUCCAGUCUGGCUCCUAUCUCAGCACCGGGUGGUUUACCUUCAUCCUGGCCAUGGAUGCCUGUUACAGUAUCCACGUCUACGGGAUGAUAAAUGACACCUACUGCAAGACAGAAGGGUAUAGAAAAGUCCCCUAUCAUUAUUAUGAACAAGGAAAUGAUGAGUGCAACGAGUAUCUUGUCCACGAACACGCCCCUCAUGGAGGACACAGGUUCAUCACCGAGAAGAAGGUGUUUGCCAAGUGGGCUGAGAAGCACAGGAUAAUAUUUACACACCCAAACUGGACAGUGUCCUGAUGUUGUGUUUCCUGAUUGUGACAUUGCAGCUGUGAAGAUGAUGAUGGUGUGGGCAAGGAUGAUCACAGCCAUCAUGGUCCUGGACAUUUUCUGAUGUGGAUGGUGACCCUGAUAGCAAUCUGAACUUGGCGUUCCAUGGGAGGGGGUCCUUCUCGUUCUGUCCUUUGUGGUGAUUCAGACCUACAUAUCACACUUUAUAACUUACCUACAAUUGAAAGCCAGUGACAUGACAGCUGUGACUAAAGAAAUCAGGAAGAUCGUCUUUCCAGAUAGCUGCUCAGAAUAACUUAACAGGCUCCCACAAGAGAUGCUUUUGGCCUCAUCAGGCAAGGUCACUGAGUGUGUGGGCAACUCCACCAUCUUGGAAAAUGGCUGACUACCAAAUACUGUCCCAAGUAAUUCUAUCAGGGUACCUGGCCACAGUUACUAGUUAGCCCGAGAGAGGUACAGAUACCUGGCCACAGUUACGUUAGCCCUAGAGAACAAGAGCAUAGGCAUCUCUUUCUGAUGCGCCAUCUUCCUUCCACAUAUCUUGCCUUAGGCCACCUACCUAAAUGUAGCAAUGAAGGCAUCAUUGUAAUUCCUGCAUCUCAGGAUUACUGGACUAUCUCAGACUCUUGAUUCAAAAUGUAUCAAGGAGCAAAUACUGACAAAUUUCCUCGCUGACAGCUGUACUCUCUCUCUACUCAGAACAAUGUAACUAAACAUAUCAGUACAACUGUCUACAUUAAUGUUUAGUUAUUUUUGGCUGAGUACUAAAUACUAAUGUGUUAAACAUGCAACUUCAACACUGUAAUAACACAUACUGUGAAAGCAUUUCUGAAACAUAACCAAAGGGUUUCCUCACUCUGCUUCAACAACCAAUUCCACAAAAAUGUUAUGCUUUAUAAAAGAUCAUGAAACAGGGGAAGCAAAACAUAUUUUUGCAUUAAUUUGUAUCCUAUCAUAUUCAUAAUAUAUAUUUUUAAAUUCAAAUUUCUAUUUUAUAAGCCCAAGGCGUGUCUCUCCAUAAACAUUAUCAGUGUCAAGUGCCAAAUGUUAGACGUGAAAGAUUCUUUGUAUCACUAAAUCCAACCUGAGCUUUUGCCUUCAUGAGGCUGAUUGUCCCUUAGUGUAACAGUAAAAUUGUGAUGAGCUUAAUUCCCAAAGUGCUUUGUCAUUUGGAGUCUCUUCACACCUGAUAUGCCAUGUGACACCCAAGGUCACCUCACUGGACUACUGCCCGCACGUCCUGCCAUCUCCCACAGUUGUUCUGUGCUAAGAUAGCUGUGUCCGUGUGUCCCAGGUUGCUCUACUUUAGAAUAGCUGUAUAGAAUAGCAUUUAUGUAAGUGAUUGAGCUCUGUGCCAAAUAUAGCAUAGCAUACCAAGAUUGAGAAAAACGACCACAAGGAUGGUUGGGACACAGAUGAGUAGCCCUAUAAGCUUAGAUAGUUUU